UUGGGAUCUGUGACGAAAUUUUAUUUGCUGGCAAUCUUUGUUCUACAACAACGCCCUCUUGUCAAUGUCAUUCAAGUGCCAAAAGAUCUUUGUCGCAGAACUGUAUGUCGAUUGAUAAAUACCUAUAUUUGAAGAUUGCAGACAUUAAAUUUUAUUUUAUUUGUGAUUAAUAUGAAUAAAUGCAGUUAUUGAAUUAAAAUGGCGAAAUAUCAAGGAAAAGUCUAUCUAGGAUACGAGGAGGAAAUAAUUGUUGAAAAGCAUCAAACUCAGCUGAAUUACACGAUCAAUAAAAUUGGCGGAUUCCCUGAUUGGCCCCCUAUAAAGGAUAUUAAAUUUUCAACUAAAUGUCCUGUAUGCAGUCUGCACAGGCUAUUAAUAGUGCAGUGCUACGCUCCACUGGAAGGCUCUGUAUAUCAUCGCACUCUCUAUGUGUUUGCAUGCAUUAACCCAAGCUGCUGGACUCAGUCGGAAAGUUGGACAUGUGUAAGAAGUCAAAUACAAGAUGAGCCUACCAAAACAAGUGCAGUUGUUCGUAUACCCAGUGCAGACACCAACUUGAGCUGGUGCAAGGGCUCCGAUGACUGGGAUGAAAAUGACAAUGGGGACACUACUAAUGGAAAUGUUUUGUUUGUUGACAAUAGCCCUCUUAAUGGAGUGCAAAGGCAUUCAGAUGAGGAAGACGAAAGCAAUUCAUAUGACUUGGAGACAGUUGAGCAAGCCUUAGGGAACUUACAAGUUGAUGCACAUAAUGCAAACAUGUCGCCUGUACAAGGUGCGGUGGGUGCAGUCGGCGCCCCCGUGCCGGUCGCGGAGCUCGAGGGCGGCGACGAGCCGGGGCUGGUGCUGGUGGAGACUCCCAGCGCUCCACUGGACAACAUGGAGAUACUGUUUCACCAAAUGAUCGAACUGCCGCCAGACAUACGAACCUGCCUCUUAUCCGGGCCGCUACAGUUUAUCCCUAAGUACAUCUACGUCGAAGAAGAGUGGAACAAGACAUACAACGACAGCGAUAAAGUGACUGAAUUACUUAAUAAAUACAAAAGGGAUAAUGAAAUAGAAGUAGGCAGUGUGGCGGAGCGAGGGUCGGGAGGCGUGGGGUGUGACGACGAGGCGUACGAGGAGGCCGCGCCGCUGCAUGGCGACCGCCUGUUCCACGCCUUCCUCACGAGGCUGCACCAGAGCCCUGGCCAGAUACUGCGAUAUUCGCGAGACGAGCCGCCACUGCUCGGAGCACCGUUACCGACAUCCGAGAACACAACAGAAUCUCCGUACAGCCCCACAGUCUGUUUGCGCUGCGGCUCGCGACUCGCCUGCGAGCUGCAACUAGUUCCCGCCUUCGCGGACACGCUGCGUAUACCAAACAACAACAUGCCCCUCACACAUCUGCACUUCCUAUCUGUUCUCAUAUUCACCUGCACACAGAGUUGCUGGCAACCAAACGACAGGUUGGUUGAAGAAACUGUCAUUUUUCAACCGGAAGUCAUUUAAAUGUUAACUUUUCCGCAACUAACUCUCCAGUAGCCAAAUUUUAAUGGAAUUGUCAGUCAGUCACGUCUAGCAUUUAUUGUUUUAAUUACACCUUAAGAAUAGUUCGUAUUUAAAAAAUAAAUUAUUAACAGAAUUAGAAUUGAAAUAAUUACUAUUAUUAUAGACUACUUGAAAUAAAACCUUACAAAUACAGUAGAGCCAUUUUAUUAGGAUAAUUUUGUCAUUUCAUAUAAGCACUAACUUUGAAUGGCCAACCAAGUAAUUUGAAAAUUUUAUUUUAAACAAUUACUGAUUUUCUGUAAAAAUGAAAAAUUUCAAACUUUGUAUUCACUAGUGCAUUAUUAGCUUAUAAUAUAUUUUGAAAAGACUCAACUGCAUUUUAAAACACAAUUUUGUCUGCGGAUUUUUCCUUGCAUUUGUAGUAACAGUUGACAGUAACUUAUUAAAAUGACUCUACUGUGUUAGUUUUUUUUAGAUUAAAGCAUAUUUAUUAAAUAAUAGAAGUUAUAUAAUAACAACAACGAUGGAACUUUCAAUCACUUAUUAGUUUUAAUUCAAGGCAAUAUACUUUCUUGCAUUUAAUUUGUAAAUAUGUACAUUGCAAUUAUUAUUUUAUACCAGUUUAUUACUUUAACAGUAAAUUAUGUAUUUUAAGAGACAUGAAGAAUUAAAACGUCCUUAUAUUUAAUUUUAUGCCGUAGGUAAGUCUAGUUGUAGGUGUAGGCAUUGUUUUUAUCAAUUAAUUGGCUUUA